GGGUUUAGUUGGUUGAGAUGAGGCCCGACCCGGGUAAAUCGGGUGGCUAGCCGAGUGGUUCAGUAAAUUUCUCCCAGAAAUCGCCGAUAUUUUAAACGAGUGGCGGGCAGGGCUUUAAAAUAAUAAAUAAUAAAUAUCAGAAAUUAAGAAAUUGAAAAUAAAAGGAGUUUCUCACAGAAACAGAGGUUUUCCGCAGUUUGGGUGUUCCAGGAAUCGGUUUCAGAAUGAGUCUUCAGGCGUCUUCUUCCUAUGCCUUUGGCAUUUCUUCGUUCGUAUCUCCUCCCAGACGUGUCCGCCACGUCCCUGAAAUCCGAGCCAAAGUGGAACCAUCGGAUAAGUCUGUUGAGAUAAUGAGGAAAUUCUCAGAGCAAUACGCUCGUAAGUCAGGAACAUAUUUCUGUGUUGAUAAAGGAGUCACUUCUGUUGUCAUUAAGGGAUUGGCUGAUCACAAAGAUUCAUUAGGUGCACCGCUUUGUCCUUGUAGGCAUUAUGAUGACAAAGCAGCUGAGGCAGGGCAGGGCUUUUGGAACUGUCCAUGCGUUCCCAUGAGGGAGAGGAAGGAGUGCCACUGCAUGCUUUUUCUCACUCCUGAUAAUGAUUUUGCUGGCCAGGAUCAGACCAUCUCCUUGGAAGAAAUCAGAGAAUCAACCGCAAAUAUGUAAUGCUUAGUGUAUUGAAUUCUCACCUCUUUUAACAAUCACCACUUGUAUGUAUGUUCAUAUGCUAUGAGGAACCGAUUCUGGUUUUUCUCCUA